UUGUGUAUUUACAAAACCUCAUUGCGUUACAACCCCACAAUCUUGUACUGGUAUUAGCGAGAGGUAGCAAACUUAACACGGUCUCAGCAUAAUCUCAGCUUACACGCGAGGUUGCAGUCGGAAAACAACGCUUUUGACCCAGAUUCGGGACUUUGUAGGACUAUAUGAAUUGGGAGCUUUCUAUUUUCCAAAGGUUGUCCAGUUUACGCUAAACCAUAGGGAGGUUCGUCCCAAGUGCACUUUGAAAGAACGCCUACCCAGAUAACCGGCUUCAUAAGACACCAUGACCAUGGCAACUGAUUUAAUGACAACCAAUAUGGUGACGACAUUAAUGACAGAGACGCAAACAUUUUUCAUCUCGCCCGAAAAUGCUACCAGUGACAGCUAUUUUGUUAUGACAACUGAUGACGAGUUAAUCAAUUCAACUGAUGAUACUUUUGUUGAGAACUUCACGACCGCUAGCGAUGAUAUCCUCGUAACAACGCCAAUGGGAGACGGUCGAACCUUCCGCUUUGAGGACUACACGCAGCGAGCCAUCAUCGGCAGCCUCAUCUGCUUCGUGGCCAUGUCUGGCUUCGUAGGGAACGUCUUGGUGAUUCUAGCCGUUGUCUUAUCAAAGAAGCUGCAGACCCGCACCAAUGCUUUCGUCGUCAACUUGGCCUCGGCCGACCUUGUGACUUGUCUACUUGCACCGUUUGUAGCGGUGGCGCUGUUCAGCAUGAAGGGCUGGCCGAUGCCAGAGGUGGUCUGCACUGUCGCAGCUGCUAUUGGGUUUACAAGCCUUGGCUGCAGUAUCAUGAACCUUGCGGCCAUCUCCAUUAACCGAUUCGUGCUCAUCACUAGAUCCAUUGGAACUUACCACUCCAUCUACACACCUAAGAAGAUAACAGCCAUGUUGGUAUUUACGUGGCUCUAUCCAGCAUUAGUCUGUUCCCUUCCAUUCUUCGGUAUCGGUAAAUGGGGUUACUCAGACAAGUACAAGACUUGUACUCAAGACACCUCGGUCGAAUCGAGCGAUCUAUUUAGUAUGUUGCUAUCUGCUCUGAUCUACCCCAUUCCACUGAUCAUUCUGUUCGUCUGUUACUUCAAGAUCUACCGCCACGUCACAGGCCACAUGAAGAAGAUGAUGGGGAAGGGCAUUGAGAUGGCUGACACUUCCAAUCCUUCGGGUGCCAGCAGCACUCAACUACACAAGGAACCAGCGGGAAGCUUCAGCAAGAGACAGGUACAGAUCACCAAGAAUCUCUUCCUUGUGGUGUGCGCCUUUAUUGCCUGUCUGGCUCCCUUCUUCAUUGCUCUGAUGAUACCGCCCAGUGAUCCGGUCAUCCCAUGGACUGGGGCGAUCAUCAUCUUCAACAGCGCCGUCAACCCCGUCAUCUACGGAGUGAAACACCCGCACUUCAAGGAGGUGUUCCGUCACAUGCUCCGGUGUCGAUACCACAUGAUUCCAGAACCAUCUAGCUGUCUCAGAAAGAUGAGAUCAAAAUAGACUGAAAACUGAUGACUGUAAAUACCAACGACUCUAUACAACUCAUUUUUCUUUUUAGCAAUUUGAACAGUAAACAACUUGAGUGGUGUAUAAGGAGCACUUAAGAAAACUUAAGAAGGGAAUCUAUCAAAAUAGACGACUGCAGAUCAGGCUAAUUAGAGCCCGAUUUCACAAAGAAAUAAACAUUAAUUUGUAAAAAAAAAAA